AUGACGAGCGUCAACACUCCCAACAUCAACUUUAAAUGGGACCCCAAGAGUCUGGAGAUCCGGACUCUGGCAGUGGAGAAGCUCCUUCAGCCGCUUGUCGCCCAGGUCACCACUCUGGUCAACUCCAGCAACAAAGGUCCAUCUAACAAGAAGAAGGGACGCUCCAAGAAGGCUCAUGUUUUGGCUGCUUCAGUGGAGAAGGCCACCCAGAACUUCCUAGAAAAAGGAGAAAAGAUUGCAGAAGAAAGUCAGUUCCUCAAGGAAGAGCUGACCGAGGCUGUGGAGGAUGUCCGUAACCAAGGUAAUUCCAUGCGCCAGGCUUCUGGAGAGUUUGUUGAAGACCCCUGCUCCUCUGUGAAGAGGGGCACCAUGGUCCGUGCCGCCAGGGCCCUCCUCUCAGCGGUUACACAUCUGCUGGUCCUGGCAGACAUGUCUGAUGUCUACAAACUCCUGGUGCAGCUUAAGCUGGUUGAAGAUGGCAUGGCUAAAGUGUGCGGCGCUGGAACAGAGCAGGAUUUGGGGAUCCAGUAUAAGGCUUUGAUCCCAGAGGUGGACAAGCUGAACCACAUGGCUGCUAAGAGGCAGCAGGAGCUAAAGGACGUCCAGCACAAGGACCAAAUGGCUGCUGCACGUGGAUUGCUCCAAAGGAACGUCCCCUUGCUCUACAAAGCGACCUGUGCCUGCCUGCAGCAUCCUGAUGUGGCGGCCUACAAGGCUAACCGUGACCUGAUCUACAAGCAGCUCCAGCAUGCGGUCUCAGGAAUCUCCAACGCUGCCCAGGCCACGAGCACCGAAGACUCGGCGCUGAGCCAGCCGGGAGGGGCCGGAGAGCUGGCUUAUGCCCUCAACAAUUUUGAUAAACAAAUCAUUGUGGACCCCUUGGCAUUCAGCGAGGAGCGCUUUCGUCCUUCUCUCGAGGAGCGCCUGGAGAGCAUCAUCAGCGGAGCUGCACUCAUGGCUGACUCUUCCUGCACACGCGAUGACCGCAGGGAGCGCAUUGUUGCUGAAUGCAACUCAGUGCGCCAGGCUCUGCAGGACCUCCUGUCAGAGUACAUGGGGAAUGCGGGGAGGAAGGAGAGGAGCGACGCUCUGAACACAGCCAUCGACAGGAUGACGAAGAAGACCAGAGACCUCCGCAGGCAGCUCCGUAAAGCUGUCAUGGACCACGUCUCGGACUCGUUCCUGGAGACAAACGUCCCCCUCCUGGUCCUGAUCGAAGCCGCGAAGAAUGGCAACGAAAAGGAAGUAAAGGAAUACGCUCAAGUCUUUCGCGAACACGCCAACAAGCUGAUCGAGGUAGCCAACCUGGCGUGCUCCAUUUCCAAUAAUGAAGAGGGGGUUAAACUGGUGCGCAUGGCAGCAUCCCAGCUGGAAACCCUGUGCCCCCAGGUGAUCAACGCAGCGCUGGCCCUUGCUGCCAAGCCCCACAGUAAGGUGGCCCAGGACAACAUGGACGCAUUCAAAGAUCAGUGGGAGAAGCAGGUCCGUGUCCUCACUGAUGCUGUUGAUGACAUAACAUCAAUCGAUGACUUCCUUUGUGUGUCUGAGAACCACAUCCUAGAGGACGUGAAUAAGUGUGUCAUCGCGCUUCAAGAGAAGGAUGUUGACGGUCUGGAUCGCACCGCCGGCGCUAUUCGAGGCCGGGCCGCCAGAGUCGUUCAUGUUGUCACUUCUGAGAUGGACAACUAUGAACCGGGGGUCUACACGGAGAAGGUUCUGGAGGCCACCAAGCUCCUGACCAACACGGUCAUGCCACGGUUCACCGAACAAAUCGAGUCUGCGGUUGAGGCCCUAAGCACAAACCCCUCUCAGCCUGUGGACGAGAACGAGUUCAUCGAUGCGUCUCGUCUGGUGUACGACGGCAUUCGGGACAUACGCAAGGCUAUCCUCAUGAUCAGAACUCCAGAAGAACUGGACGAUUCAGACUUUGAGACCGAAGACUUUGACACACGCAGCAAAACCAGCGUGCAGACCGAGGACGACCAGCGCAUUGAGGGCCAAAGCGCACGCGCCAUCAUGGCUCAGCUGCCGCAGGAGCAGAAAGCAAAGAUCGCUGAACAGGUGGCUAGCUUCCAGGAGGAGAAGAGCAAGCUGGACGCAGAGGUGUCCAAGUGGGAUGACAGCGGCAAUGACAUCAUCGUGUUAGCCAAGCAGAUGUGCAUGAUCAUGAUGGAGAUGACGGACUUCACCAGGGGAAAGGGGCCACUGAAGAACACGUCUGAUGUCAUCAGUGCUGCCAAAAAAAUAGCCGAGACCGGAUCAAGAAUGGACAAACUGGGCCGCACCAUUGCCGACAAUUGUCCCGACUCAUCCUGCAAGCAGGACCUGCUGGCCUACCUGCAGCGUAUCUCCUUGUAUUGCCAUCAGCUCAACAUCUGCAGCAAAGUCAAAGCGGAGGUCCAGAACCUGGGAGGAGAACUGGUCGUCUCUGGGCUGGACAGCGCCAUGUCUCUGAUUCAGGCUGCAAAGAACCUGAUGAACGCCGUGGUGUCCACAGUGAAGGCAUCUUACGUGGCUUCCACCAAAUACCAGAAGACCAAGGCCAUGGAGUCCCUCAACAUGCCGGCCAUCUCCUGGAAGAUGAAAGCUCCCGAGAAGAAGCCUCUGGUUAAGAGAGAGAAGCAGGACGACGGGCAGACCAACAAGGUCAAGAGGUCUUCUCAGAAGAAGCACGUGAACCCUGUGCAGGCUCUGAGCGAGUUCAAAGCCAUGGAGAGCAUCUAGCUGGAGGAGAACGCACGUUCUUAAUCCAGGAGUUUAGGAUUGAGGGAGCUUUAUUGGUUGGACCAGUUCUUCAGAUUAGCUUUAAUCUUAGCAUCGACCUCGGUAGAAACGGCAGCCAGAGGGGCGAGCAGCCGAACCUUUCCGUAACGUAGACGAGAGGAAAGAGCAGAUUUAACAGAUUAGUAAUUCCAGGAGGCUUUUGAUGAUUUUCAUACGAUUUCUCAUUUAAUUUUGGUCAAAAUACGUUUUGAACUUUAUACAUGAACUAUGCAAAAUCUCAGCUGCCUUAUUCCAUGUUGUGAUUGUGGACUUUCUGCUGAUUUCGACACGGUUCACCAGCAGCUUACUAACGUUUUCGUGUGUGAAAUCCUAACGUUCUGCUUCGGGUUCCUGUAAACACUUCCUGUUCUGGAGCACCAGCUCGUCUGUCCUGCUGACGCGAGUAUAGGCUUUUGUUUUUGAGCGUCCAUCAGACCGAACGCCUUCCGAAUUCAGUCAUUUCUCUGCUCUUAAACCAGCGUCCUGCUUUUCCUGUGCUUGAGCGCUAAAUCAUGAUUUUAUUCCAACCCGUGUCUUUAUAACAGAUUUUUAUCUUUCUCUGUAUGUUUUAGUGCAAAGUGUCACACGUGUAGUUGGUUGCUUUAAAGGUGUGCACAGCUCUACAGAAAGGAGUUGGCGUGGUGACAUCUGGGGGGUGGGGGGGUGUUGGUUUUUCAGAUGUAGAAUCAGAAGACACAGAAAAGUUCGGAGCUUUGUGCUGUAAUGUUUGGUUUUGGAUCUCGGGUGAAAUCUGACUUUGCUGUGUUGUUUUUUUUAUUAUUAUUAUUAUUAAAGAGCUGACUGCUUAGUGUGAACAGUUAUACUAAUGUGCCUGAUGUCUAUCUUAAAUAAAGUAAACCCAGUGUAUUGAAGCUGAAAUCAAAAGAAAAGGAAUAAAAGCCUGACACCAGGA